UGCGAGGACACCCCAGGCUACCUCCAGGGACGGGGACGGAGCGAGCCCUGCCCUGAGCUCCCCGGGAAAGGAGCGGGGGCCGCCCCGCCCGUCGGACCACCCAGCGCGCCGCCUCCUCCUCCCUCCCCCCGCAGAGGUCAGAGGGUCACCGAGACGCCCAGCUCCGCUCCCCUCGGCCGCUUUACGGGUGGCUGGGGCCUCCCCCGCGCCGGGAUUGGAUGCGAGAGGACGGGGUGGGGGAAGGCGGGGGACCCCAGAAACCCAGGUUCCGGCUCCGGCGGAGAAAAGCCCACAGUGCAGUAGCUGCUGGGCCGCGUGGAGACGGCUCUGCGCGAAGCCGGCGGACUGCGCGGAGGAGGCGGCAGCUGCAGCCGGGGCGCACCAGGAUGUUUGACAGCUCGCAGUAUCCCUACAACUGCUUCAAUUACGACGCCGACGACUACCCCGCCGGCAGCUCCGACGAAGACAAGAGGCUCACGCGGCCCGCGUACAGCUACAUCGCCUUGAUCGCCAUGGCCAUUCAGCAGAGCCCCGCGGGGAGGGUGACCCUGUCCGGCAUCUACGACUUCAUCAUGCGCAAGUUCCCCUAUUACCGCGCCAACCAGCGCGCCUGGCAGAACUCCAUCCGCCACAACCUGUCCCUCAACAGCUGCUUCGUCAAGGUGCCGCGGUCCGAGGGCCACGAGAAGGGCAAAGGCAACUACUGGACGUUCGCGGGCGGCUGCGAGUCGCUGCUGGACCUCUUCGAGAACGGCAACUACCGGCGGCGGCGGCGGCGGCGCGGGCCCAAGCGCGAGGGGCUGAGGGGUCCGCGUGCGGGGGGCGCCCAGGGGCCCCCGGGUCCGCCUGAGCCGGCCGCCGGGCAGGGGUCCCUGGCACCGGACAGCGCUGGUGAGGGCGCCCCGGGACGGGACCCCCAUGCCAGCCCCGCCAGCCCCGCCCCCCAGGGAAAGGAGCACCCCCGGGACCUCAAGUUCAGCAUCGACUACAUCCUGUCCUCCCCAGACCCCUUCCCCGGACUCAAGCCGCCCUGCCUCGCACAGGAGGGCAGAUAUACGCGGCUGGAGAACGUGGGCCUCCACUUUUGGACAAUGUGA